UCCCCGCCGCCGUCGCUAACUUUGCUUCUCCGCAAAGAGCCGCCCUCCGGCACACAGAGGGUCGGCGGAGCCGGGGUCCGAGCCGGCCCCAGCGAUGAAGGGCCGGCGACGGUGGCGAGGCGAACAUCGCCGUUUCGCCGCGGUGCUGGUGCUGUACACGCUGCUGCUGCUCCUGUUGGUGCCCUACGCGCUGGACUACGGGGCCAGGCGCGGGCGAACGGACGAGGAGCCGCUGCUGCGGCGCUGCCCGAGCCUGGAGGAGGCGCUGAGUGAGUGGGGCUGGGAGCAGCGGCCGCCGCUGGACGAGGAAGAGGAGGAGGAUGAGGCGGGCACGGCCGGGGCGGCGGGUAACGGCAGCGCGGGGACGGCGGGGAAGCGGCACAUCUACCUGCACGCUACCUGGCGAACGGGCUCCUCUUUCCUCGGGGAGCUCUUCAACCAGCACCCCGACGUCUUCUACCUGUACGAGCCCAUGUGGCACCUUUGGCAGGCGCUCUACCCGGGGGACGCGCUGAGCCUGCAGGGAGCCCUCCGCGACAUGCUGCGCGCCCUCUUCCGAUGCGACUUCUCCGUCCUGCGCCUCUACACCGCCCCGUCCGGCCCCCGCGACCCGCUGGCCCCCGCCCCGCCCGCCGCCGACAACCUCACUACGGCCAGCAUCUUCGGCUGGCGGACCAACAAGGUGAUCUGCUCGCCGCCGCUCUGCCCCGCCGCCCCGCGGCCCCGCGGGGAGAUCGGCCUCGUCGACGGCGCCACCUGCGAGGAGACGUGUCCGCCGCGGGCGCUGCGGGAGCUGGAGGCCGAGUGCCGCAAGUACCCGGUGGUGGUCAUCAAGGACGUGCGGCUGCUGGAGCUGGGCGCGCUGCUGCCGCUGCUGCGGGAGCCCGGCCUCAACCUGCGGGUGGUGCAGCUCUUCCGCGACCCCCGCGCCGUCCACAACUCCCGCCUGAAGGCGCGGCAGGCGCUGCUGCGGGAGAGCGUCCAGGUGCUGCGCAGCCGCCACCGCGCCGAGCCGCGGGGCCCGGCCCGCCACCAGCAGCAGCAUCUCCUGCUGCCGCCCGGGCUGCUGGGCGGAGGGCGGCCGCCGCAGCCGCAGCACCGCGCCGAGUUCUUCCUCGGCGGCGCGCUGGAGGUGAUCUGCCAGUCGUGGCUCCGCGAUCUCCUGCUGGCCCGGCGCGCCCCGGACUGGCUCCGCCGCCGCUACACGCAGCUCCGCUACGAGGACCUGGUGCGGGAGCCCCGCGCCGAGCUGCGCCGCCUGCUGCGCUUCGCCGGGCUGUCCGUGCCGCCGGCCCUGGAGGACUUCGUGGUCAACAUGACCCGCGGCGCCGCCUACUCCUCCGACCGGCCCUUCCUCAUCUCCGCCCGCGACGCGCGGGAGGCCGUGCACGCCUGGCGGGAGCGCCUCAGCCGCCAGCAGGUGCGGCAGGUGGAGGCGGCGUGCGGGGAGGCCAUGAGCAUCCUCGCGUACCCCCUCAGCGCCGGCGAUGCCCGGUAGCGCCCGAGCGGCACGCCCCGGACGGGCCCGAGGGCGGACGGACGGACGGACGGACUGACGGGCGCCGUCGGGCAGAGCUGAGCGCGGGGGUCGCCGCUGGCAUGGUAGGCGGGGAGCUCCCUGAGGGCAGCCCCGGCUGAGGGACACCUGCCUCGCCUCGGGUACGGGCAGCGCUGCAGGGUGCGGGCCCCCCGUGCCGCCGUGGCCUCAUUGUGGCUGUUUCCCUUCUGGAGAGGGCGGGGGAUGUUACAUUUACGAGCAGGGUUUGGUGAGGGGUGUCCUCCGAGUGCGGCAUCACUCUUGGAGCCUUUUAGCUUGAAAUUGUGAUCGUGUACAAAGAACAGGUAUGCUACAAACAAACUGCAUGAAAAUUUAAAAAUCCCCCAGGUGAAGGCUCUCAGCAAGGAACUAGAGGGCCUGGAAGGUGCUCCUGUGGGAGCAUUGCCCUUCUGGAUCACACUGACCUCUGUCCUGCUGCUACUGAAACAAGAGGCUUCUGUGAAGUCGCUGCAGGGGUCAGGGGGGCCUGGACAGCAGGAGGAGGGUGCCUGCUGCAGGGCAGGACUCAGCUCUCCUGCCCCAAACCUGCUCUGCAGGGAUGGGCUCUGCCCCUGCUCAGUGCUGGUGCUGUAGCGGAGGGGAACCUUGGCCAGCUCUGUCCCUCGUUCUGAGCAGCAGGGUAAGCAGUGCAGGGAGGGUAAGCAUUUGCCUGCUUAUGUGUUUUGAGGAUGUCUGUGGCAGAAAUCUUUGCUUUUCUAAAGAAAUCUGUAACUGUUUUGGAUGUAGGAUUUUUUAAAAUAUACAUACAUUGAUAUAGUUUGGUGAUGCUCAUGUGAGACACAGGUGACUGACAUGUUUCUUUGGAACACGUGUAGGGGUGAAUGAAACUGGAAGGCAAAUGCUUGACAAAUAUUUCCGUUUUGUUUUCUCUCUCAGAUGAGAGAAUCACUUUUCUUCCCUUGCUUCUGCGCUGACACAUUGUGCCGUGCACAGGGUCCUCCUGAUCACAUCCUUCCAAACAAUAACAUCCUCUCAGCUGGCAACUCCUGGACAAAAACAAGUGUUUCCUAAGAGGCUAAGACCAAUUAAUCAUGAAGUUCCCAAAUAAAAUCAUACAUUAAAAAAGCAAACAAACAAACAAAAAAACCCUGAAGUUUUAUUUUGGAUUUUAAAAUGACAUGUUCCUGCAGAUAUCCUACAACUUCUGUGAGAAAAGGGUGUGUGUGUAUCUGCAAGUAAUUUUAUUUAAUAAUUUCUUGAUGUGGGGAUAGAAGGUUCAGUUGUAAUUUAGGGAUGCAGUUUCAUAAUUUCAUAGAGACUGCUUUUGAAUCUGUUACAGUCUGGUAGUCUUUAAAUGGCUCCAUGAGAGUGUACAGGAUUAUAGGGAUGUUUACAUGCAGUCCUCAACUACAAACCCAGAAUAUGAGUUUCAAAUUGAGGAUAAUCCAGGAUCAGGAAGAAAGCAGUGUUUAGAUAAAGUGCUGAAAAUAAAGGCAGUUCAAAGAUGUUAUGUUAUCAUGGAGGAGGUGUUUGAAUUGCACUGUACAUUUUUGUGCUCUGAGUGUUAUGCUGUACAGCAUGUCACUAAGUUAGGAUGAACCUUCAUUUAUUUUGGCUCUUUUUCCCCUUGAUCUUCCCAUCUGAGAGUAUGUUGGCAUAAGAAGCGGGUUUCUUUCAUUAUCUGACAGGAAAAUGUAGUCAAAAUAAUAUUUUUGAACAAAUAUAUCCAUUUCUCUGUAGCGUACUUCAUUCAGUUUUGCAACCUUGGGCUUCUGCUUGAAGUAAGAAUUACAGGGUCAUGUUUUGUGCUGGAAAAACUUCUGUAUUAUCUAAGGGAUGUUUCUGCAUUCUCUCACUGUGCCUGUGACACCAGAAUUUGUCUCUGAGUGUUCCAGUGGCAUUUAAUGAUGGUAUUUGUAUAGCUAGUACCUGUACAAUGCCUUGAUAACCUGUGUCAGGUAGCCUAUUUUGGAAGGCUUUUCUGAGACUAUACCCAGCCUGGCUUGUACUGGUUUGGAAAGUAAGACUUUUGUGCAUACCAAAAGAUGAUAUGGUACUUAUUUUCUUAAAUUGGAUGGGAGAUUAAAAUCCAAUAUAUCCUGCUGACUUGUUCUUAGCAAGUUGCAGUCACAGAAUUGUGUGAUGCAACAGUUAAGCAUUCUCCUCACCUUGGCAGAGAAUCUCAUCAUGCUCUUUUAGGUGGUAGAUAUCUUUUGUAAGUCUUUCAAAAUUCACACUUAAUUUCACUUAAAAUGGUUCGUCAUGAUGAGCGAAGAAGUGUUAUCAUCUAGCUCAGCUUGAUUCUUACAGCUGGGAGGAAAUUCACUUCCUGGAAAUUAUUUGGUAUUUUCUGAAACUGUUUCCAUGUUUGAGCUGCAGAGGUGGUGAAGGGCCUUGAGGGGAAGCCGUGUGAGGAACAUCUGAGGUCACUGGGUCUGUUCAGCCUGGAGGAGACUGAGAGGAGACCUCACUGCAGUUACAGCUUCCUCAUGAGGGACAGUGGAGGGACAGGCACUGAUCUCUUCUCUCUGGUGACCAGUGACAGGAUGCAGGGAAUGGCCUGACAUUGUGUCAGGGGAGGUUUAGGUUGGGUAUUAGGAAAAUGUUCUUUACCCAGGGGGUGUUUGGGCACUGGAACAGCUUCCCAGGGAAGUGGUGACAGCACCAACCCUGACAGAGCGCAGUAAAUUUUUGGACUAUGCUCCAGGCACAUUAUGUGACUAUUGGGGUUGUCCUUUGCAGGGCCUGGAAUGGAACUUUCUGAUCCUUGUGGGUCUCUUCCAACUCAGGAUAUUCUGUGAUGGAUGCAUUUUCUGUAUCAAUAAUUAUUUCUGUCAGCACAAGCUGUUCAUUAGCCUGGUUGCUCUCUGUGAGUGAUUAUUUUAAUUUUUAAAUUUUUGUAUAGUGUGAAAAAGGCUCCAUUGGGCAAAGCGUACAAAAUAUAGCAAGUGCAAUUUUUGGUUUGUAUUCUGUGCACCUGAAUUCAUCAGAAAAUUCAUCUAAAAAAUCCAUAGGGAAUAUCUAAAGCUGAGAAAGGAGCAAGCAGGCCAGAGAGACAUCUUAGAGCAGUGUGUGGAUGACAGUUGCUUGGUGCCUGGUUGUGUGACAUGUGUGCUUCAGUCACUGGAAGGUUUUCUAAAAUCCCUCUGCCCAAGGAGGACAGCUAAGGCUCACCAACAAAUGCAUCCCAUUUUUCUCUUCAUGGUGUUUUGGUGGCAUUGGACAGCAUCAUUCAGGGUGCUUACAGCAUGUACUUGGUCUUGAAACUCAGGCCUUGAAGACAAAGCAAAUGUACUGUCAAAUGUCAGUGUUGGUUUUUAUCUGAAAAGGCAGAAACAGGCCUGAUUAGGACAACCAGCAUGGAGUUUCAGUGGCAGAGAUCUUUGGAACCAGCCAGAACUUGCUGAAAGCAGGACACCCAUAGUUAGACUGCAUUUUGAGAGCAGCUGGACAUUUUUGACUUGGGCAGUUUGAGGUGAAGUCACAGUUCUACUGGAUGAUGUAGAAAAUUGUACUGCUCAUUUGGAGCAGAACAUGGCAUGAUAAGCAAGAGAACAGUAAACACAUUUUUAUAUCCAACUUGAACUUGGAAGGCUUAGAAUCACAGUGCAGGACUCAGCUAUAAAGUAUUAGUAUUUCAGACUGAGAUUAGUGAAAAUUACCUACUUGUGCUACAUCACAUACAGUGAAUUAACAACUAACUCAUUAAAAAGUCAUAGUGGGAAAUGGGUACAGAACUGACAAAUGCUCACAAGACAACUCUGUUGUCUGUUUUUACUUAACUUCUGGUUGUCACACAUCCAAGUUAAGGGAGAUAGAAACUUGAGUACUGUAGUUAUUCAUAAAAGGCUGGGAUACUUCCAUGCCAUAAUUGCUUGUGGGAAAUGAUGAAAGUCCAGGGCCAGGAAAUACUUGGGCCCUGCCUUAUUUCUACUCCUUAGGAUAUGGAGUCCUUGUAGAUAGCCACAGUAUGUAAUUGCAUACUGCAGGUACAGUAGAAAUAGUUUGGUCUCAGUUGCAGUAUCUAACAAAAGUGGAGUUACUUAUUUAACAACUUCAGUAUUGCAUGAGUCAUUUUAGCCCCCUCCUCCCCCAUCAGUCUGGGCAUCAAGAAAAGCCCUGAGUUUCUGCAUUAAGUUCUCAGUAUCCACCACUUUCAGUAAAGCUCGGUGAUAACAAUGCUGCAGAGUUUUGGGUUUGUUAUGGUAACGCAGUUAAAGCACUGAAUUAAACCCCGAGAGCCAGCAAGCCCAACAGCAUGUUCUGUUCCUUUCUUCAGCACAGAGAGCUGUCACUGAGACUCUCUGAUGGUGCCUGUCAUUUUUGAGAGCCACCAUGCAAUUCCUGCAGCACUGGGACUACCUGAGAUGUUUUGUCUUUCCUAACGUGACACCUAAGGUGACACCUACCACCAUGGAGGAUGACAUGGGAGAAAUACGUUUUGUCAGGCCUUGCACUAGCAGUUUUCAACACCCCUCUGGCAGUGUGUGUGUGUGUGUGUGUGUGUGUGUGUGUGUGUGUGUGAAUGAGGAAUGAGGGGCCAGGUCCACACUGUCCCCUUGGCUGUGUGUCAAAGAGAUGAAAGCUGGAUGCAAACACAUUGAGGUGAUGGAUUUCAGUGAUUGAGGGGCCUUUGUUUGUUGGUGAGGCAUAGAUCUGGCAGCCUCAGCUCUGAACAACAGGCUGCAAGCUGAUGAAUGUUACAGCACUUGCAGUCUGGGUAUUGAGUACUGUGAAAUUCUUGCUUCCAGCACUGAGAUGUUCAGCUCUGCUGCUAACCUGGGGCACCUGCAGUGCCAUUUCUUGUUCUGUUAAGUGGGAAGCCAGCCCUUCUCUGGAACUUCCAGACUUGUUGCCCUGAAGGUCUAACUUUGCCAAACUUCAACUGUAUAUAGACUGAAGCUUUUUGUCAUGGGCAUAAGGUUUAAGUCUUUUGGCAUUUCAGUCAAAGCAGUUGCAUAUUCUUUUUAAUUUAGGGUGUGGUGGUCUUUUGCCUGUGUUCAAAUAUUCUCAAAGAUAUUUCUUUGAAAUCAUUUGUCACUUCAGUGUUUUGGGACAGGAACUCCAGUUUGGGUAGGGGAAAUGACCUCUUUGUAGAGGAUGUCCCCUGUGUUUUUAUUUUUACCUCUGCUUUCUAUUCUGAUUUGGCCAAAUGUAUUAAUGUUUGUAUAAAAUGGAUAGCACGUGCUCAGUAAAAGUGGUUUUGGUAUGUGUGUGUAUCUUUAUUUUAUACCAAAUAAAAUCUGCAUUGGUCUUAUCUCCAGUGAGCAUAUGCAAACCUCUUUCUUUCCCAUAGAAAACUCAGUGUGGUACAGAGGGAAUCAAAACCAUGUAAUCAUGGCAGGGGCUGCAUCACUGGGCUUAGCAGGGAGGAUUCUGCCAUUCCUGGUUCCCACUGAUGCCUUCUUCCCUAUCCCCUCUUUCCCUGUUGUUGUUGUUCCUAAGGAAAACCCCCAAAAACGCCCAAAGACCCCCAAAUCCAGUGUUCAGCUUUCCAGUGCUUAAUAAUGGGAAAUUCUAUAGGUGAGAGGGAGGAGACAUUGAUGACAGAUGGGGUUAACAUGAGGGAAUGGGGAAAAGAAUUCACUUUUGUUUGAGGAUAGUGGGAUUUGUUGGGCCAAGGACUUGGGUGUGAGAUGAAUGAAGGACUGGGAUUUGAUGAGGGGAGGCAGGAAGUUGUGACUGCUUUAAUUGGAAAGGUUGGCUAGGAGUGUGUGAGGAAAGGAAGGAACAUGUAGGGAGCAAGGUAGGAGAAGUAGGGACCAAGAACUGGGAAUUGCCCCAAGUGUAUUAUUUGGAGGAGAUAGAGGAAGACAGCUCAGGGCAGGAAGAGGGGGAAGAUGGAGAGCAGAGUGAGUCUGAGUCCAAAUUGCAGGGGGGAACUGGUAACUCUUCAACAGCAGCUCUUGCCAUGCUUCAGCUCAAAUGGCUGUGCAGACAGCUGGCGUGGAGCAGCCCCGGGGUGGAGAGCUGGUCCACAGGGCACUGGUGCCUUGCCCUCCCCAUACCUUUCCCAGCCCACAUAAACACAUUUCUCCUGCAAACCAGACUCCCCUCUUUCCCUCUGUAUAAGGAAUUUAUUACCUGCCCCCCUGCUCUCCUAGCAGCAUUGGGGUGGGAUGAAUGGGAAGAAGUGCUCUCCUGCAAAACUGAAGUUUUAAAGAUCAAAUUUGUAAAAAUGAAGUCUUUUCCCACCUUCUGCUACUGUUUGGCUCAGUCUGUGAGUAAAAGGGAUGAUGUGAGAGCUGUCUCACCCAGCUGCCUUUGCCUGAGCUCCAUUUGGGAGUGCCCUUGCAGUCCCUUCUGCAAUGGGCAUUACCACCAGCCACCAAACAGAGGAGUCUGGGGGAGGCCCUUGUCCGUGUCCUUGGUUCAAGUGACAGAUGUUUGCAGACUGGAUUUAAAAGUCCCAGUUCUGGCAGUGACUCAUGUGCAUAUCACUGACAUCUAUUGUUCUCAGUAUAAGCUUUUUUAAAAAUGCCAGGAAACCUCUUGUCUAUGCACGCUCUUACAGAGGCGUUCAAUGUCUGUGCUGCACAGUCAAGCUCUCAAGGAGCCAGGCUCAGUGUCUGCUGCCUCUCUCUCCUUUCUUGCUCCUUCUCAGCCAUGGAUCACAAGUGUUUGUUUUUCCUCCCGUGCAGCACUUGAUCAGCACUCAGGGUUGGGCACAGCUGGGGCAGGAAUGGAUCGUGCAGCACGACUGGCACCGCGAGCACCGGGCACCUGGUCUGUGCCAGAGGUUAGGAAGUGUUCAGGAAUCUGCUGGGAGACUGAAGGAGCUGAAAAGGAUGGAGGCAGUAUCUCAAGGCUGAGGUAUGUAAAAGCUCUCAGAGGAGCUGGACUCAGUCCCUGGUGCCACAGAGUCUGUGAGGUGUUAGACAAGUAAGUUAGAUUUUCUGAAGAGGCCAAGUCCAAAUCAAGCAGAAGCUGAGUGCCACCUUUGGUAUGCUGGAUCUGGCUUUGCAGAACUGCUGUAGCAGCAGUCAGGGUUCAGGUGUGCCUGACCAGGGCUCAAGGGGUGACUCUGAACCCCAGAGUGAGCUAGUGGUGAAAAGGGCAAAUGUAUGGUGGCAUCAACAUGUUCUUUGUCACAGGCACUCAAGCCCCAAGGGUGUGAAGUGAUAUUUUUAAUAGGUACAGAGAAAUAUCAGGUGAAAUAACUUUUUGGAGAGGACCAAGCUGUGUGAUUUAUUUAGUCUCAAAGUCAAGGUUGAAAGAGGACAGCAGUGCACAGCAGCAUGAACAGCACUGUGGAAGAGAGGUAAUCAAGCUCUGAACAAUACUGGCAUAAGAACAGAUUUUUACACAUCAGCACUGAAUCAUUUCAGCCUGGAAGUUGGAAGAAGGUGGGGUUUUUUUAACCAUAAGAACAGCACAGCAGGAAGGGAUGGAAGAGACAACUCAUUUUAAAAGACAAUUCCUGUAAUUCAGAAAUAGAAAGGAACUGAUACGGUAGAUUACCAUGUUAUAACUAGAUAUGAAGCUGAUGGUCCAGAAGCCCUGUGACCCAUAGGAAAUGCUAUACAGACUGCUGAAGUCUUCUGAAAAAUCAGCUCUAAUGUACAGAAAGACCGGAGCCCUAGUUAAAAGAUGCUUUGUACAUUUUGUUUGUGCUCUGUGAAAAGGAGGGAAUGCUGACUUUCAUAGCAAUGUUAACUCCAGACUCCAGUUUGUUCUGGAGUACUCUGCAAUAGGUUAGUGUCUCAUAACAUUUCCUAUGAGGAAAUCUGGCAAUUGUGCCUCUGCCAGUAUUUGAAUAAAAUAUAUUGGAGUUGUACAAUAAAUCAAGAGGAGCACAAAGCCCACACCAUUAACCCAGUAGCUUUUGCCCCUUUUUUCCUUGAGAGGAGAGGACCUGAAGGGAAAGGAAAGGUGGGGUGUGUUUGUGUAAGCAAAGGCUGCGUGGUUGCUUAUUUGCCAUGGGUAGAAAUCCCAGCUGUGCCAGCAAGUGCAGGAUGUGGGACCACCCAGCCCUAGCACUGCCCUGGCUGUGACUGAGCAGCCUUUAAUGCUUUGCCAUGCAGCUGUAAAAUGAUUAGUCCCUUGUUUAUUUAUGCACAGGCAUGAAACUAGUUUCAGGUGGGCUCUGGCUGUGAUGUGAAGUGCAGCACUUGUUAAAAUAAUGGGAAAGGGCUGUGGGAGAUCAAUCCAAGUACAGCAGAGGCCUCUCUGAUGGAAGAUUUGAAAACCUUUCCUUGGCUUUUCAUAGUCAUUUCAUCCUGCUUGAGCAGGGGUGACUUGACUGAAUUGGUGUGAGUGUUCACCCCCCUCUCUUAUUUUUUCCCCUUUUUAUAAAACUGGUUUAAGAACAUUGAGUGAUACUUAACUCUUUCUCAAAUGGAUUUAGAGAUGAGAGGCUAGAAAAUUUGUCACCUGUUUCAAGCUGGUUUUAAAAUCAUUAAGGACAAAGAUUUCAUCUAGCAUUAAUUGAAACCAUUAUGUCUGUAUGUCCACUGCUAAAAACUGCUCUCAAUCAUCUGUUUGAAUCACUCUUGAUUCAGUUUAGGCCUGGUACUUCUCUUACUGGAUGCAGAAAACAGCCUGCUACCAUUGCUCUGUGCUAACUUGCUCUUGUCACAAACACUCAACUUUCAAGUUUAUUCAUUUCCAGUUCAGGUCUCCAUUUUACAGGUUUUGUUUCAAUAAAGCACUUUGGUUUGUUUGUCCUUGCAUAUUGAUCAGCUUCCAUACUGAAGUUCCAGUUCUGCCUUCAUGCCCCCAAAUCAGACAACCAGAUAAAUAUUUAAAUCAUUUGUAUGACAUCAAUUUCUUGCAUGGAAAGAGGUGCUGUUGCUUACCUGAAAAUCAGUUUUGCCUGUUCACAAUAUUUUUAAUGUCUAAAAUGUGAAAACUGCUACAAACCAGGACCCAGCCUCAAGCUGCUGCAGCAAAUGAGGAGUUGCUGUAGCAUGAAUUUCAUUUUGCAUCCUUAAAUUGUACAUUGGAAACCAUAUGCUCUUCACUGUAAGUUCUUAUUAAAAUAUUUGCUAGUUGACUAUUUCAAUAACUUAUAAUCAAAGCAGUUGCAUUUAGAUUGGAUGAUAAUAAUAAUAAUAACUAGCUGAUAUUUCUAAAAUUUUGUUCCUUGCUAGGAAGGGAGUUAAAAUCUUGACAACCAAUAUAGGCUAUGUGUAGCUGCUUUGAUAGCUCUGCCCUGGAAAGUGGCCCUCCUGCUGCUUUUAGCUCUCUACCAGAGGUUAACACGUUGCUUGUAAAUUGGCAAUGCUACCCCUGAAGGAAGCAGCUAGUCAGCAAUUUUAGGACUGCAGAAACUUGGCUUAUUUCUAAACUGAGUUUCAGGUUGCUUGGAGCUGUCAAAGUGUGUCUGGUCAUGCCUGACCUUUCAGCUUCACAGAUUCCUGACAGGAGGGAUUCCAGUGCUGAGACUCUGAGCUCCUGAGAGCUGACCUUGGAGCACUCCUCAGCAUGCAGAGAGUAAAACUCCUCUGCUGAGCAGGUGAGUGAUGCCCCAGCCCUCACAGCAAAACUCCCGUCCUUCAGAAGAGUUAGGCUGUGCCUUUAAUAAACAUUACUUUAAAAUUCUUUACUAGUGCAUGAAAGAAAAGGUCCAGGGAUAAGUAGGAGAGAAGUCUCUUGUGAUCUGUCACAGAAUAACUAGAAUAAUUUUGAGCUAGACAUUUAAUUAGUAAAAUUUUUCAUCUUCUAACGAUGCUUUGAUCUGGGGAAUGCACAAGUAGUCUAGGGCCCUACAGAAUAAUUCCUGGGACUUAUUUCUGAAUGCCUGCUGGGCUUCAUCACUGCUCUACCCAGGAGAAGUUCAUUCCAAUAUUGAGGGGUUUUAAAGUAGUGAAGGUAAAAAGCACCCAGGGAAGAUGAUAGUUGCUCCUUAAUCUAAACCAAGUGGAGUAUUAGACGUAUCUAACUGUAAGCAGUAAUUUGAAUACCUGUAAUAUCAUAAGGACAAUUAAUACAGAGUGAAGUUUGCAUCCUUUGAAAUCCUUUACAUCCUGACUUGAGAGUCAAGUUCUGCAAUAACUGCUAAAAGGUAAAAUCAGGUUGAUUUUUGUAACCAAGUGCUUUCAUACAAGUAUAGUGUUACUCUCCAAAUAAAGUGUGAAAUUCUACAAGAUAAAUUGCACAUCCAUCUUUGCAGAUUUUUGUUGGCUAAAGGCCCAGUAUGGACCACCUUCCUUUUUAGAAGCUUUUUGGAUUUAUUUUUAAAUUACUGCUGACCUGCCCCGCACAGAUAUAGCAUCUGUACUGAAGCAUGCAGCUAUGGAUAGCUUAUAGUAACCUGAGUGUGGUUCUGUUUACAUUUGACCACAGUGUUGUAACAGUUAAUUCCUUCCUAGUAAAGGAAAAUCUGUGGAAAUUUGCUGGCAUUCCCUUCUCCUACCUUUCUAAAUACCAAUGCCCAGGGUAAAUCACAUCUUGCCCUGUUUAUUUUUCCAGUAGGAUUCUACCAACAUGUGUGUUUCUUGUUCUUGAAGAGACUUCCUCCCCUGAUCCAUUAGAUGAAAGUGCACUAUGCACCUUGGGUCCCCUCUCUUUCACUGCCUGAAGCUGCUCGACACCGCUGCCUCUCUGGGGUCUAACCCCAAAUUCCUGAAAAGCCCAGCUGAGCUGGUUUUGGCUGGGGAAGUUCCGUUUUUUCAGAGCAGCUAGUGUGGGACUGUGUUUUGGGUUUGUGCUGCAGACAGUGUCAGUAACACAGGCACAUUUUCCUUAUUGCUGAGCAGAGCUUGCACAGAGUCCCGGCCUUUUCUGCUCCUCACCCACCAGUGAGGAGACUGGGGGUGAACAAGGAGUGGGGAGGUGACACAGCCAGGACAGCUGACCCCAGCUGGCCACAGAGGUGUCCCAGAUGAUGCAGCCUCAUGCUUGGCAUGUAAAGCUGGGGGCAGAGGAAGGAAGCAGGAGGUGUUUGGGGUGAUGCUGUUUGUCUUCCCAAGUUACUGUUGUGUGAGAUGGGCCCCGCUCUCCUGAAGAUGGCUGAACACUGCCUGCCUGUGGGAAAUAGUGAAUUAAUUACUUGUUCUGCUUUGCUUGUGUGCACAGCUUCUGCUUUCCCUAUUAAACUGUCCUUAUCUCACCCACGAGUUUUCUCCCUUUUGUCCUUGUGAUUCCCUCCCCCACCGCACUGGUGGUGAGUGAGCAGGUGCCUGUGGGGCCUCAGCUGGUGGCAGGGGUUAAACCACAUCAGUGACCAUGGAUGCACACAGUUCAAACCCCACCCUUCAGCUAACCCAGCUGGCUCUUGGUCUGUCAAGGGCUGAGUACCAGGGAGCUGGGUGGCAGCAGGUGGCUGGAGCUCCACAGCCCCAUCCAACCCCACAGCAUCUGGUCUGGGAGCUCACUGCCUCCCACACCAUGGAGGGCACCAGCAAAGCUCUGCUCCCUACUGAGUGCAACUUCUGUUUGCUCUUUCAAAACCUACCACACAAGACAAACUCACUGCUUGAAUAGCACAGAAAGAAUUUUCUGCACAGGAUAACCAGUGUAGAGAGAGAAAUGGGGCAUAGCAAACCAUGGAGAACCUCAUUGUAGUGUAAAAACUAAAAGCACUGCUGAGCAGAUGAGGCUGGCAGUUCUAGCAAAAGACAGGUGCAUUUCAGUACUGCAAUUGUUAUAGAAAAUUUCAUGCCAUGAACCAAGUUCCUCUCUACAGUUGUGGCAUUUGUUUAAUUACUCAUCCUUGCUCGAACAAAAGGCGCUUUCAAGAUACCUGUACAUUUACCUCAGGUUAUAAUUCCCUUUUCAGAUUGUAUGUAAUCAUUUAAUAUUUAAAUUUGAUUUCUUGUCCCAUAGCAAGAGAGCAGUUGUGGUUUUGUUGAAGAUUUUUAAUAGGGAUGGAUUUGAUAAUUUUAUUUCAUUGAUCAAAUGUCUCGGGACACAUAGUGUAUAUAGAAACAGUCACAUUUUCAAGUGUUACCCUACACAAAAACUGAAUGUAAGCUGUCACUUUUUAUUCUUAAAAGGAAAACAGCUCCUAACUGCAAAACACACCUGGCUUAUUUUACUUUAAUUGCUUCUCAGAAAUCACUUUGUCUUGGACUGUGGAUCAGUUUAGCAGGAAUAGUUUUUACUUUGUGAACUCACUCUUGUUUAGGAAAAAUAAUAGAUACCUGAAUUAACGAAAUUCAGUUUCCUUGAGAUUAUUGAACUCAGUUGUGGCAGAGGUGCCCUGGUCUUGGAACAGAAGCAAUGUUAGAUUGACAAAUAUCCUUUAUUAAGUAUGUUUAUGAAAAUACAGAAUGGCUGGGGAAGGAAAGUCAGUUUGCAGAACAUCUGUAGCUCUUCAAGCAGAGUUAAAUUCUUAUCACCAACUCUUUUCAUUAUUUCCACUCCUCCUUUGCUUGAUCCAGUUCAAAUAUUCAGCUGGUGUUAACAUACUGAAAAAUUCCUGUCUGUAUUUGAUGGGAUAAUGCAGGACAAAGCAGGCUCUCCUCUCCUCUGGUACGUCACAUCCUCAGAGGACUGGCAGGGCCACCCACACAUGGCUGCUGGGGACAGCACGGGCCAGCAGCUCCUGCUCUGCAUUUACAGUGCAACAGAUGGGUUGUGAGUUUGGCUUCAGCUCUCAGCAUUGCCUUUGUAAUCACUCCUGCUGUCUUCUGAGCACUGACCAGGGUCAUUCCAAGCUCUUUCUGACAGACAAGCAGCUAUUUUAUAGGCUGUUGCACUUGUAGGCACACACACUGGAAAUGCUUUUCACUAAAUGCAACACCCCAUUUUACAAUCAACCUUGAGUUCCAAAAUGAACUGCAUAUCCCCCACAUUCUUCAAUUUCCUGUGAUUCCCUUCUCCAGAUCCAGCCCUACAAAUCUCUAGAUGACAGUGCUAGUUACUUCUCUGCAUUGUGAAAAG